ACUAACUGGCUUCCUCUCUCUCAGUGAAAAGGAUCAAGCUGAAAAUCUGAUGAUUGUAGACCUUCUAAGGAAUGAUCUCGGUCGGGUCUGUGAUCCAGGAUCUGUACAUGUGCCACGUCUCAUGGAUGUGGAGUCAUAUGCAACUGUUCACACAAUGGUGAGCACGAUUCGUGGGAAGAAGAGGUCUGACGCCAGUGCAGUAGAUUGCGUAAAAGCUGCAUUCCCAGGUGGUUCGAUGACCGGUGCUCCAAAGCUGAGAUCGAUGGAACUUCUUGAUUCCAUUGAAAGUUGUUCUCGAGGUAUAUACUCCGGUUGUAUCGGAUUUUUUUCGUACAACCAGACAUUUGAUCUUAAUAUUGUCAUAAGAACGGUGAUUAUACAUGAUGGUGAAGCUUCAAUAGGAGCUGGAGGUGCCAUUGUUUCUUUGUCGAACCCCGAAGACGAAUACAAAGAGAUGAUCUUGAAAACAAAAGCCCCAGCAAAGGCUGUGCUAGAUUUUGAAUAGUUUUGAGAAGUCACACGAUAACUUCCCCCAUCAAACUUCAAUCAAAGCAUUUAUUUCAUAUCAUCCCACUAAUUAUUUAAUCUUUACAUAGAAGGAAUAUUAAAGAAUAUAUUGGUAUAGGUACUUGAUUCAAUUGUUUUGGGGUUAGAAUUCAAUUGGUUUUCUUUUCAAUCUGAAGUGUGUCUUAUUAUUCUGUUGUAGCAAUGACUGCAUUGUACUAUAGGUUUCUGUAUACUAUAAUUUCCCCAGUUUCUUGUAUACAUGAAUUUCCUUGCAGUUUGGUGACAAUUUUAUUCAUAUACUAAUAUAAUAUACUCGUGUUUGCCUCA